AUGCGGAAGAUAUCCCACUUCUUCUUUCUGUGGGUUGGAUUCUCAGCACUGUAUGGGAGGUCCUCGUGCUAUGUCUUGCAGUCUGGGUUGUGCUUUGUUGCUGUUUCUUGUCUCCAUCUCAUUGCUGAUUUUUAUCCAACAUUCUUCCGUAGCUAUUCCCUGACCCCUCAGAUUAUUUCUGGGGUGAUUCAGAUCUUGGAUAUUGUGCAGAUGGAAUACCACGCCAAGCUCGUUGCCGAUUCCGAUGCAGCAACUGGUAUGACCUCAAUUGCUUUCCAGGAGCGCAUGCAAAUAUCGACUGGUAGUGGUGUGUGAUACUCAGGUGGAGUUAACGGUUGUCU